CCGUGGGCACGUCCCGGCGCGCGCGCGGCGGCGCUGACGCGGGACGCAGCGGCGGCGCGUGUGACGCAGUUGCCCAUGGUAACCCCGGAGCCGCGCCGAGGAUGGGUUUACUGUCAAUCCUGCGUAAACUGAAAAGCACCCCAGACCAGGAGGUGAGAAUCCUCCUUUUGGGACUGGAUAAUGCAGGCAAGACCACACUCCUGAAACAGCUGGCAUCUGAGGACAUCAGCCACAUCACACCAACACAGGGCUUUAACAUCAAAAGUGUACAGUCUCAAGGCUUCAAGCUGAAUGUAUGGGACAUAGGCGGACAGAGGAAGAUCAGGCCGUACUGGAGGAACUAUUUUGAAAACACUGAUAUCCUUAUCUAUGUCAUUGACAGUGCAGAUAGGAAGAGGUUUGAAGAAACAGGUCAGGAGCUGGCUGAGCUUUUGGAUGAAGAAAAGCUUAGUGGAGUCCCCGUGCUCAUAUUUGCUAACAAGCAGGAUUUGCUGACGGCUGCCCCUGCCUCGGAGAUUGCUGAGGGACUGAACCUACACACAAUUCGGGACAGAGUGUGGCAGAUCCAGUCUUGUUCAGCGCUUUCGGGAGAGGGAGUACAGGACGGCAUGAAUUGGGUGUGCAAAAAUGUCAAUGCUAAGAAGAAAUAAAGCGUUCUGAGCUGCAUGAAAAUGGAGGAGCGGUGGGAGCAGAAUUCUAGCCUGAAAACACUAAUUUGCUGCUUUCUGACCAAAUGUUUUUCCAUCUGUGCACAGCUACAGCUGUUAAAAGAAAACAAAAAAAAAAAAAAAGAGAGAGAAAAAGGGAACAACAUCGGUUAAAACCUGCUGCUGGAUUUGGAACUUGACCUGCUCUUUAGUAUAAUUUUUUUAUCCCAAUAAAGGAAUUAUGUAUUUGCUUCCUAUGCAUAAAUAGUAUUAAAAGUCUGAUUAGCAAGCAAGUUUGUAAGCAGAAGCAAGACUGAUUCAGUGUGGAGCAGAGGGAGGGGUGAGUUACUGUAGCUGCUUAGAUACAUAGGACCUGCCCUAUAUGUGCGGGUUUGUGGUUGCUGAGGACACGCUCAGGUGUCACUCACAGCUUCCCCUCAGUGACAGAUAAAAUGCGGUUGUGUUACCAAUUGUGGGUAGUUUCUUAAAAUAAAGCUGCUAAAGAGUCAUUUGUGUAAUGAGGGUAGAAGACUUCCACGUAUUCCUAUAGCCAUAAAAGAGGAGUUUGAUCAUAACGAGGCACUGUUGCAUUGCGACACCGCUGUAGAAGGGAGAGAAGGGUUAUAUGUGCAUAAUUGAAGCUCUUUACACUUGGAAUAAUGCAAAAUGAGCGUGCCUAGGGCUUUUCUUGCAGCUGAAGGAGAAUUUAUCCCAGCAUUUCACCUUGAGCCAGCAAAAACGUGGUUCCUUCAUUCAGUAAGUUCCAUAUGCAAGAUUAGUCUUGAUGUUGAACAAUCCCUGUUGAUUUUCCCUUGAUGUUAAGGCAACUCUUGCAGCAAAAUGCAAUUAAGUCCAUGAUUACUUUUUAGAAUGAGAUACCAGGUCCCAGGUUUCCUUUUUGAAAUGUGCAAAAUACAUUUUCCUACCCCCCUUCCUCAGCAGGCCUUGCCUAGCCCUUUGGAGGACUCAGGGGAUUGCCCCAUGGCAGGCUGGGUGACCAGGGCCUGAGGGGGUCCCAGCCCAGUGCCAGCUGCAAAUUGCCCCGGUGGAGGGUGAGAAGCCUGAUGAAUGGCAGAUGGGAAGCACUCUUUAAAAUGAGGAUUCAUUCUUCCCUGAUCUGGCUUUCCUCUAAAAUGAUACAGUUGCUGAAAUAGGAAAGAGAAUGUGUUUUCCACCUCCUCAUCCCCAAUUCAAAUCUAGCCCCAGCUGACAGUGAGCAGGAGUCAUUAGCACGCCAAAGCAGCCAUGUCCUGCAUGAAGUGAGCUUGGUGACUCCUGGGCCAGUUUCUAAUGCACAGAUGGUAAAAUAAUCCCACUGCCCUGCUUGCCAGCUUUGUUUGCUGCCUGCCUGCAAAAGGCCAGAGGAUGACUAGGGACUGUAUUACCCCUUCUACCUCUUGGAGACGGACCGGCGGGCAGGAUGGGGAAAGCUGCCUGUACUACAGCAUGUGGCUUUACCACGCGUCAGCGAGUUGACUCAUGGACCCAGACAGACGGCUGACACCCCUGGAGCGCCCAGCUCUUUGCUCCUCCCUUCCCCUGGACGUCUCCACCUCACGGCAGAAACAUCUGCACUGUGCGUGGAACAGUCCCUGGCCGCCUACGUGUUACAUACAGCCCAGCAGAUUAAAAUCAUCUGGGCCCGAUUCCGGGUCCCCCCCCAAACAUAAGGGUGUACAGUAGCGGUUCAGGGGUUGCUCUAUGUGUACAGUUCAGCUGUCUUUGCUGUGGCUGGGGGCAGAGGGACAGCUGGGACAGCAACUGCUUUAGCAAUCCAACUUUAAUCUGCCUGCGUCUGUGAGUCAGCACCCUCUGACUGCAUCUGUCUCCAGCACCGAGGCAGGACGUGCCUGCCCGAGUAGCAGAGCCUUGCUUUAAAAACCGGACAACUGGGAGGGGGAAAAGAGCAGGCUCAAGUGAGCUGUUAAGCAAUCGCUAAUGACACAAAGUGACACAGCUGCAGCUUUGCAUGGAUUGAGCAAGGAGUCAUAAGAUGAGAUGUUAAUUUAAACAUAGCUUGUUCAGUGUCUCCCCAGCUGCAUUGGCUUAUCUGGAACCCUAGGAAUCUGAGCACCACAUGUUCCUGGGUUAGCCUGAGGAGGAGAAAUGCAUCCCAGCAUCGCCUUUUCCUUGCAAUUAAUGCAUUUACCUGAUGCAAGCUCUGUAAAGACUUGCAGCCCUUUCCUGAAGGCAUGCUUUGUGCUGGCUGAGUGGCAGAGCUUUGUGGCAGAUAAUCCUGAGCUUUGGAUUUGCCUGCACUGCAAGCCAGGUGCAGAGCUAAAUGCUUGGGUACCCCUCCUCUGGCCCAGGCAGGACAGAGCAAAGUCCCCCUGGGUGCUUGGGCAUUGAUCCUUCUCACUUGCUAGGGAGUUGAGUUGGUGCUUCCCCACUCACUACUUUUUUACCAGUGGCAAGCUUACCCUGUGCCACCCCAUCUGUGCCACAGUUUAGUUUUCUGGGUCCAAAAAGCAUCUGAGAAGGUAUUUUGGGGUUUUUUUUAGGCUCACAUUGGUGAAACUUGGAAAUGUGUGUAAAAUAUAAUAAUUUUCGUAUUAAUCCAGUUUGGAAGGAAAAACUGCCUUACUGAACUCAGGAUCCAGAAGGGUUUGCUGGCUCAUUCCUUAUGUUUGCAUGUAGCUACAUGUAUUGGUUAUGUGCAUCUGUACCAGUCAGAGCUUCACCUGUAAUCCAGUAGAUUAAUUUGGUUUAACUGCACCAGGUAGUAAGAGAGGAAGAUUGUGGUAGAGCAAGCAGUGCUGGGAGGAUGGAGGUGGAGGGUUAAAAUGACCAUGACUUAAAUAAACCACCCAGCAGUGAUGGCUCUAAAUCUCCUUUUUUUGGUAAACAUCUCCCUGUGCAUGACCUGGUGAAAAUGUAAAAGGAUUUGAGGUUCUAUUCACUUGCUGCUCCUUGCCUGUAUAUAUUUACCUCUCCCCCCUCAGCAGCACUUGGCUACAUACCACCUGUAAAACGGGCUGGGGCCAGCCAAAACGCCAUGCAGUGAAACCCCUGCCCCCUCCCAGCCCUUCAGCUCCUGUUCGGUUUAUGGUAAUUGUGUACACGAGGCUUUGUCCUUCCAGCUCUUGUCUGCUUUCUCCUCCUUUAAGUGAGAUUCAGGGGAAGCAAACCUCCUCAUUGGUAUGGGUGGAGCUCUACCCCACGUCCAUUGAUUCAGAGGCUUUUAAAGCCAGAAGAGACCGUUAUGUUCCCCUCCCCUGACCUCCCGUGUAACACAGCCCAUUAAACCCACCCGCCGGUGCGGUGACUUGCGCACCUCUGGUAGGAUGACACCCGGCCUUGAUUUAAAGGCUCAGAGUGACAGACAGAUCCACGCCAGGCCUCAAGAAGUUUGUCACAGGGGUUAAUUCUCCUCCCGCAGGGAGUUUGUCUUGCUUCACUUUCACAUCAUUAAAUCUGGUUUUACCUUCGCGAUAAAUGAGAGAUGCCUCUCCUGCUCCUUUGUGUUCUCUGGAGGGGAGGGAUGAUGGAGAAGUGAAAUUCUCCAAGGGCAUGUAAGGAAAUGUGGGUCCCAAACCCCUGCUCCAACCAUGAGCACUGGGCCUGGGUACUCAUGUCCUCCUCUGGCUGCAGCCACGUCCCCCUGCUGCAGCUCUGACAGAGAAUGUCUGUCCUUGCCCUUGGAGAAUGCUUGCCAAAGCCUCAUGCAACCUUCUCCCAAUUUGCCCCUUCCAGUACUGCUUCUUGCACGUUAAUUACUUUUUUUCUCUGUUGAAAAUAGAACUGAUCACCAAACUGUUUUUAUUAAGUGUACUGGGAUGAGACCAGCCCACUCAAACUUGGCCCCAAACUUGCUCUUUCUUCUGUGAAAGCAAAAGGUGGCAGCUGUUGCAUUCCCUGGGCUGGCUGGGUCCACACAAGCUCUUUCUUUUAUGUUCCCUUUUUGAAUUUCACCAAAAAGGGGUAUUUGCAAUAUCUGGUCAUGUUGUUACUCAGUGUAUAAUUUAGAUGUCUUUGUCAAAAAAGAAAAGAAAAGAAAAGAAAAGAAAUAAACUAAAAUUUAGUAGAAAGACAA